AUGUCGCGACGCAUCUUAAUCUUAUGUCGCUCGAAUCACGAUCCCGUUGCUAUUGGAGAUCUCGCUUGCAAGACCCUUUUGAAGCGGGCGUAUUCGUAUGAUAAAGACUACAUACGUUGGGCUGGAAUUUUCGACGAAUCCAAAACGCAGCCUACGAAAUGUCACGUGAUACUCGACUGUGAUGUUGCGAGCCACGAUGGGGUGACUGAGAUACCCCUGGUAUGCUACAAAGCCAUUUCAAAAGAUCAGCUUACGUCGGUCAUCCCUCCUAAAGACCUUCCCCAUCGUAUAAGAGCUGGUUAUGCUUGGGGUCGACGUGGGCCUCCCUGA